AAUCAUCUCCUAAACUUCGUGAAUCCGAAGAGGAACCUUCAUUAGUGUGGACGGAAGGUUAUCCUCUUCCUCCAUAUUCAGUUUCUUAAUUUCGAAACCGACGGUGGCCGACUAUGGAUGCCGGAGAAGUAAUUUGGAAAGAGAUCGAACUCGCUGAGAGCUAUCUUGUGUGCGCCAUGUUCGAGGAAGCAGUAGCCCUAUCUUCCUCUGUUUUAAAGCGUGUUUCUCAACUGGAAAAUGGUAUUGAAAAAAAUGAAAUGAUGGAAUCGGCUGGUAUGGUUUUAAUUCAAUCUUUGAAGGAACUUGGAAGGACAUCACAGAUACUGGAUGAGCUCAAAGUAUCAUUUCCUUCCGUUGCAGCCAUCCCUUUUACUGUUCUUUUAUUUGGGGCGUGUUUUCAUUUCUCGGAAGGUCUUUCUGAUAUGCAAUCUUUACUAGAAGAGUUCCUUAGCAAGUGGAGUUUAUUGAAUGAGGAAAUAUAUGUUUUUGUUGGCUCAAGAAGUAUUGAUGACAGAGAAUGUUUUGAUGGCCAUGCUCAGUUGACUGUUGAUGAAUAUCUCCAACUUGUUCAUGUUUACCUCCGGAUUGUCACAGAGAUAGGUUUGAAGGAUGUGGAUCUUGCUGUUUCUUGGGUUGAGAAAGCUGCUUUACCUGAGGGAAAGCGUCAGAUAAUUUUGAGGAGGCUAGACUACCUGCAGUCUAAGAAAGCGGCCAGUUCGUCACAAUCGUCUUCUUCAUCUUUGCUUAGAAAUGACCAUAGAACACAUUUAUCUUCUUCAGAAGGACUUCAAGCAUCAGAAACAGCCUUAGACCCUGCAUAUCAAGAUGGAGGAAGUGCUAACAGAGAAACAGUUCUAAGACUACAUAAACUUACAAAACCAUCGUUUUGGCCGUUCCGUACCAUAACAUUGAAGUUUGGAAGUUUUCGUCUUGUCAUAUCCACCAGAAAGAUUGUGCUUAGCUGUUUGCUAGUUCUAAUUUAUUAUCUGCUGCGAAGGAAACUAACAGCUUUGAAGAGGAUGGCUCAGGAACAAGGUUCGUCCAUGAAGAAGGCACUGGUAGACCUGUGGCAGCUUGCAUUUUCAUAUCAAGUGAACCCUUUAGCUAUUGCUCAACCCCUUUCUGGAGCAGCUCGUGGAGUCUCAUGAUUCUUAGAAUCGUUGUUUUUCUGUCAUUUCAUGUAUAAAUCUGCAUUUACAAGCAUUUUUCUUUUAAUGGGAAUUUAUGUUCUCUUUGCUUCAUUGUGCUGCACAACCUGAUGUACUUUAUAUCUAUAUAGAACUGAUAUGCUAAAUUUACCCUUCAUUAUACUAAAUUUAUUGGCCAAUGAGCGGUCGUCACUUUGUUGUUGUU